AUGGAAAGUACUUCUCAGCAGCGUCAAUCUGAAAAUAAAACAUCUAAUGAUGUGAGGCAAGGAUUCAAGAUUCUAUUGAAAGACUACAGAGAGAAAACUAAAGAAUUCGCAAUGUUGGAAUCCAAGCUGAGGGAACAUAAAGUUGUCGUCGAGACUUUGAUGAACGAAAACAGUGACAGGAAGUGUUACCUCAAGAUUGACGGCUACUUGUGUGAAAGAAAAAUGAAAGACGUAUUGCCUGACCUGAUAAACAAGACAGCUGACCUGGAAAGCAGACUAAACAAUAUAAAAGAUUACUUAGCUAACCAAGGGGAUAUCAUCCAAGAAUACAGAGCAAAACACAAUAUGGAACUUUCAACAUUCUCGCUGUACAACAAGCUCUUUUGA